UAGGGACGUUGAUCCUAGAAGCUGCCCCAGCCUGAGCCACUCCCUGUGCCUCUGGACCUCAAGUCCUCCUCCCCUAUGCUCCAUUCAAAGUCUUGAGGGCCGGAUGGGAGACGCGUCCAAACUCAUCCAGACUAGUCAAACUUAAAACAAUACAGCGGGGAAGGGGUUCCACUACAGACCUGACUAUAUACCCCGGGGAUUCUUACGGAUUAAUACGAGGCGUACAUUUCUGAUACAAAAAAAGGGGGGGAGACGAAGCUGCCAACAUGGAGGUGAAGACUUCACUCCUAGAUAACAUGAUCGGGGUCGGCGACAUGGUUCUCCUCGAGCCGCUGACGGAGGACUCGUUCAUCGAGAACCUCAGGAACCGCUUCGACCACAACGAGAUCUAUACGUACAUCGGCAGCGUGGUGAUCUCUAUGAACCCCUACCGGUCCCUGCCCAUCUUCACACCGGAGAAGGUGGAGGAGUACCGCAACAGGAACUUUUACGAGCUCAGUCCACACAUCUACGCUCUGGCAGAUGAGGCCUACCGCUCGCUUAGGGACCAGGAUAAGGACCAGUGCAUCCUCAUCACCGGGGAGAGUGGUGCUGGGAAGACUGAGGCCAGUAAGCUGGUGAUGUCCUACGUGGCGGCGGUGUGUGGGAAGGGCCAGGAGGUGAACAAGGUUAAAGAACAGCUGCUGCAGUCCAACCCUGUGCUGGAGGCCUUUGGAAAUGCGAAAACUGUGAGGAACGACAACUCCUCCAGAUUUGGGAAAUACAUGGACAUCGAGUUUGACUUCAAAGGAGAUCCCGUGGGAGGAGUUAUUAGUAACUAUCUACUGGAGAAGUCACGGGUGGUGAAGCAGCCGAGAGGGGAGAGGAACUUCCACAUCUUCUACCAGCUCCUGUCUGGAGCCUCCGACGACACACUCAGAAAGCUGAAGCUCGACCGAGACUUCAGCAAGUACAACUACCUGAGUCUGGACUCGGCCAACGUCAACGGUCUGGAUGACGCAGCCAACUUCCGCACAGUCAGGAAUGCCAUGCAGAUCGUGGGGUUCAUGGAGGACGAGGUGCAGUCGGUGCUGGAGCUGGUGGCGGCCGUGCUGAAGCUGGGAAACAUUGAGUUCAAACCGGAGUCCCGCAGCAACGGCUACGACGAGAGCCGCGUCAAAGACAAGAACGACCUGAAGGAGAUGUGUGAGCUGCUGGGGAUCGAGCAGUCGGUGCUGGAGCGCGCCUUCAGCUACCGCACCGUGGAGGCUAAGCUGGAGAAGGUCUCCACCACCCUCAACGUGUCCCAGGCCUACUACGCCCGCGACGCGCUCGCCAAGAACCUGUACAGCCGCCUGUUCAGCUGGCUGGUCACCCGGAUCAACGAGAGCAUUAAGGCCCAAUCCAAAACCCGCCACAAGGUGAUGGGCGUUCUCGACAUCUACGGCUUCGAGAUAUUCGAGGACAACAGCUUUGAGCAGUUCAUCAUCAACUACUGCAACGAGAAGCUGCAGCAGAUCUUCAUCGAGCUGACCCUGCGCGAGGAGCAGGAGGAGUACAUCCGCGAGGACAUCGAGUGGACCAACAUCGAGUACUUCAACAACGCCGUCAUCUGCGACCUCAUUGAAAAUAACCAGAACGGCAUCCUGGCCAUGCUGGACGAGGAGUGCCUGCGCCCCGGGACCGUCACGGACAUCACCUUCCUGGACAAGCUGAACACGGUGUGCGCAGAGCACCAGCACUUUGAAAGCCGCCUCAGCAAGAACUCCAAGUUCCUGACGGACCACAGUCUGCCCCACAGCUGCUUCCGUAUCCAGCACUACGCCGGCAAGGUUCUGUACCGCGUGGAGGGCUUCAUGGACAAGAACAACGACCUGCUGUACCGCGAUCUGUCCCAGGCCAUGUACAAGGCAAACCACAAACUCAUCAAGCAGCUCUUCCCCGAGGGCAACCCCGCCAAGGUCAACCUGAAGAGGCCCCCCACCGCCGGCUUCCAGUUCAAGCACUCGGUGGGCACCCUGAUGAGGAACCUGCAGACCAAGAACCCCAACUACAUCAGGUGCGUGAAGCCCAAUGACAAGAAGGCGCCCCGUAUCUUCACGGACUCCCUGGUGCGCCACCAGGUGGCCUACCUGGGCCUGAUGGAGAACGUGCGCGUGAGGCGGGCCGGCUACGCCUACCGCCAGGCCUACGAGCCCUGCCUGGAGCGCUACAAGAUGCUCUGCAAGCAGACCUGGCCCCACUGGAAGGGCCCCACAAGGGAGGGUGUGGAGGUGCUCAUGGCAGAUCUCCAGGUCUCAACGGAAGAAUUUGCCUACGGCAACUCAAAGAUAUUCAUCAGGAACCCCAGAACGCUCUUCUCCCUGGAGGAGAAGCGCCGCGGCUGCCUGGAGAACCUGGCCGCCCUCAUCCAGAAGAUCUACCGCGGCUGGAAGUGCCGCACACACUUCCUGCUCCUCAAGCGCAGCCAGGUGGUGGUGGCCGCGUGGUACCGCCGAUACGCGCAACAGAAGAAGUACACGCAGAUCAAGAGCGCCACCAUCAUGGUGCAGUCGUACUCCAGGGGAUGGAAGGCACGCAAGAUCCUGCGGGAGCUGAAGCACCAGAAGCGGUGCGAGGAGGCGGCCACGACCAUCGCCGCCUACUGGCACGGCACCCAGGCUCGCGUGGAGCUGAGACGGCUGAAGUAUGUCGCGGCGAGUACGCGGGCUGUGGCGCUCAUUUGGGCGUACUGGCAGGGCACCAAGGCCCGACGAGAGCUGCGUCGGCUGAAGGAGGAGGCCAGGAAUAAGCACGCCGUGUCGGUCAUUUGGGCCGGCUGGCAGGGCACCAAGGCGCGUAGGGAGCUGAAGAGGCUAAAGAAGGAAGCGAGGCGUAGGCACGCCGUGGCCGUCAUCUGGGCCUACUGGCUGGGACUCAAGGUCCGUCGGGAGUACAGGAAGUUCUUCAGAGCCAACGCGGGCAGAAAGAUUUACAGCUUCAUCAUGCAGAGACUCAUGCAGAAGUACUUCCUGGGCCUGAAGCGCGACCUGCCCUCCAUGUCCCCCAUCGGCGGGAGCUGGCCCACCCGGCCCUACCGCUUCCUGGACACGGCUCACACGGAGCUCCGCAGCAUCUUCCACCACUGGAGGUGCAAGAAGUAUAGGAGCCGGUUCACGGACGAGAGAAAGGCGGUGUUCGAGGAGAAGCUGCAGGCCAGCGAGAUCUUCAAGGAUAAGAAGGCUCUGUACCCGAGCAGCGUGGGGCAGCCUUUCAGAGGGGACUACCUGGAGAUCAGCAAGAACCCCAAGUACCAGAAGCUGAGCAGCGCCAUGGACGAGAAGGUCCUGCUGGCCGACGUGGUCAACAAGAUAAACCGGGCCAACGGCAAGGGCACCGCUCGCAUCUUCCUGCUUACCAAGAACAACUUUGUGCUGGCGGACCAGAAGACGGGCCAGGUGAAGGCCAGCGUGCCGCUGCCCGACCUCGCCAGCAUAUCCGUCAGCACGCAGAACGACGGCUUCUUCGCGCUCAAACUCAAAGAGGGUUCUGCCGGGGCGACCAAAGGGGACUUCCUACUGAGCAGCGAGCACCUGAUUGAGAUCAUCACCAAGCUGCGUCGCACGGGCGCCACGGCCGUAAACCACGAUCACCUGGACAUAGACAUCUCAGAUGAGUUCCUGGUGCAGUUCAAGCAGGACAAGGUGUGUGUCAAAUUUGUGCAGGGAGCGCCGAAGAACGGCAAUGGCGCGUCCUGCAAGCGCAAGAACAACCGUCUGCUGGAGGUGUCUGUUCCCUCGACGGCGUAACCAUGCUGCCACACCCCCUUCCAAUCCCCCCCCCCGCACCCAGCCUUCCUCUCAGAGUUCCACGGAGUAGCUCUUGAGGCCGGCUAAUCAAACCAGACGACCAAGCCCUUUCCCCAGAG